AAAAACACCCAGCCCGCUCUCUACAAAGCUGCAGCUUUUCAACGGAAAACCCUUCACCACCUAGUCAAGCAGAGGAAAAUAACAGGAAAUGCAACAGCUUUUUUUUUUUUUUUUUUUUACAAAAAAAAGAGAGGCGGGACCAAGUUGAGUUGCACACAGAACUACAGGUAUUGCAACGCAAGCUAAACUAAACUGAGCUGAACUAGUAUGCAAAAGGGCGAGCCGUGUUAGGCUUUGACACGCACAGCACGUAAAUGUAAUACCUUUUCAGUUUUUUUGGGGAAAAAAAAACAUUUAAUAUAUACCUAUUUCACGCCGCUGCAUCACAGGCAUGCACGGAACAAACAUGGCUUGCUGGGUUAAGUUUGUUUAAUACAGAAGAAGCACACCAGGUUCAGGUGGAGAUUGGACACAGGUUUUUUUGUACUCUGCAGCCCAGUUGUUAAACUCAAAGACAGUUUCUUGAAGACUGUUGUUGCUUCACUUGGCGCCGUGACCGAAUCUGCGAGGGACACUUUUUCUGUUGUUUGAAAUCAAACCGGAGUUGGGCUGAAACAACCGAUAGACCUGCUCUGAGAAGUGGAGUUUUAUCGAGUGGGAGCGACAAUGGAAGAGACAGAGUUGUACAAGCAGAGGCUCCAGGCCAUAGCUGAGAAGCGUCGUAUUCAGGAAGAGCAGGAGCGAACGAGGAGGGAGAUGGAGGAGGAGAGACUGCGUCUGCAGCAGAUGAAGAGGAAGUCCUUGCGAGACCAGUGGUUGAUGGAGGGAUCCGCAGCUCCAUUGGACUCUUCCGUCCCCAAGUCUCCUCUGUGGGGCUCCCAGGCACAGCAACUUGAGGAGCGGAUCAACAAGCUUCAGACAGAACAGAGUCGUCUGGCAGAAGAGGAAUCCCACAUUGGCAAACAGGAAGGUGCUGAAACACUGAACCAUGCUGGGAAAGACGCAGAGAAGAUCCAGCUUGUCCUCUUAGACGCAAAUGAAGAAGCUCAGAAGCACAGUAACGAGAAAAAAGAAAAUGGUGCUAAAACUGGACACAGCACCACAGCAAAAUUUACAGCAUCGCAGAUCACUGCUCCUGUACUCGCUGCACCCCCCAAACCAGCUGUGAGGUUACGAAGAGCGCCCCCUACUGAUGAGGCAGCCAUGGCGAUCGGAGAGGGGGACAGGACAGCCAUGUUCGCUAUGCAGAUCAGCGUGGAGAAAAACUUGAAGACUGGAGACGCCACUGUUCUGUCCACAGUCCUUCAGGAUGUCCAUGAGUUUGAGGCCAAAGGACAUAAAGUAUUUGACGAUGGCACCAAGAGCAUCUUCGCUGUGGGAGCUGGCGCUGAGAAAGAGCUUGGCCCGGAGGAGGUGGACAGACUCCUAAACCAGACAGCAUGGAAGAAGUCUGAACACGAAGGAGAGCCUCCACAUAACGACACAAAAGACCUGAACAUGGCGAGCCACAAUGGUGGCAAGGAAAUAACAAUGAACCACAAUCUGGAAGAAAACUCUGAGCUGGCUUCUGAAAAAGGGGUGAACGAGGAAGGCAAAGUAGAUCUAGAGGCAGGAGCGGAGGACGCCCAUGCCGUCAUCCUUAACCACAAUCCUCCAGAAUCGCUUCAAGAAGACCAACCCAAGACCAAUGGUUUGGUCAACGGUUUUGAAAAGCUGGGAGAUGAAAUAGUGAAACAUGAAGAAAAAGAAGAAGAAGAAGAAGAACCAGUGAUCUGGGAAAAUGGACAGACCCAGAAAUCAGAAGGAGACAUAGAAGAAACCAAAGCCUCUAAACCUGCGGAUCUAGACAGCCUGAUGGAAAACCCGGUCAGCCUCACCUUCCUCGGGUUUUCCGAUGCAAAGUCUGAGGAGGAAUCGAAGGAGGUUAUAGGAGAAGUGAUGCGUGCGGAACGUGUCAUUAUCACAGAGGAAGGAGAGGAAAUACCCAUAGAGACUAAAGAAGAACCGACUGAACCUCCAGAGCCCUCUGGUGCAGAUCUAGACGUGGAAAAAACCGCUGAAACAAUCCCAAAUCUCUGUCUUCGGGAACAGGCCAUUGAGACAGAGGUUGCGCCGAACACUGUCAGCCUAAUAGGAGUCCUUGAUGAACCUGCAGCAGAAGAUUCCAAAGAAGUUUAUAAAGAAGUGGAUCUUGCAGACAUCACCUUCGAGCCAGCUACGGAUCUCCUGACUCCAGAAACGGAAUCUUCUUUAAUCCCGACUGCGCAGGAACAGGCAGCGGAAACCCCAGAGAAACCCGAAAUUCAGCCCUUGCUGAAAGAAGCAGCAGCAGGGUCCAAGACCCCUCCCAAGCCUUCUGAACAGGAGCCCUUGCUGGCUCCGACAGUCCAGCCUCCUCCCGUGGCAGCAGCCAGAAGAGAGCCCCCGUCUUCAGCCAUCAAGGGUGCCGAGUCUGCCCCUACCCCCAGCAGGGACAUGGAGAGCAGAGCAGAAGCACUCGAGCCCUCCCGGCCCAAACAGCAAGCCUGCCAGUGCUGCUCCCUCAUGUGACUGCCCCCCAUCCCAACACCCUUAUCCAGGGCUUGAAACUCACACCAGCCCACUUUCAAAACUCAAUUAAGCACAUUAUUUAAAUGAGUUUGAUAGCUGCAUCAACAGCUCCUAUUAAGUAAGUAUUAAAUCAAACUGGUUGCGAGUGUCAUGCCCUGGGUAGCUCAGCAUCUUUACAACCACCUCACCAGGAAAAGCACCCAGGUGGGGUUAGGAUUCUACUUGUUGAGUAGGAUCAUUAGGCUCAUUUCACAAAGCUGCCAUUUCCAGACAGUAACCUGAUUCGAAAUAUGCUGAGAUUUGACUUGUUUUAAUCUUUUUUUAAUGUUCCUUUGACAGUCAUUGUAUUUUUCCACGUCCGAUACAAAAGCUGUCUGUUAGGAGAGGGCUGUGUUGAGGAAACUGAUCAUUACUUCAAAGUAUUUAAGAAUAUUUUGGUUAGCUCUGAAUUACAUAUUUGAAGUACAGCACAAUCAAAUGUGUGUUAAAGACCCAUAUGGAAGGUCUGUAGGAAUUAAUCUAAUGAAUCCCUGUUCAUCCCCUACACUGUGUAAAGUACUGAUAGUGUAUAUAUAAAUCCCAUGUUAAAUCUAGAUAUCUAUCUUUAAAGUUUGAUUGUAAUACAUGUGGGGCAUUUUAACACACAUUCUCCCUUGUAUUAUUUACUGUUGAGAGUUAAGUCCUGAUCACAUCUGGCUUUUAAUUCAGAUUUGUUAUAGUGAGGGUAGUAGGAAUAUAUGCAUUAAAAAACUUGUUCAAUGUCCUCUCCUUUAUAUUGAAUCAGACCUUGAGUUUCAAUUUUUAUAUUUGCCUUUUAAGUGUUAUCUUCUCCUGCAAUCUUGUCUUGUGUAUUAUUAUUAUUAUUUUAUUUUUUCUGGCCAAAAACGAGCUGAAACCAUUUUUCAGAGACGUCCAAUCAAAAAAACAAAUUUAUAAUCUGGUCACCAGUGAAUAUCUUCCCUGUGUUGGUUUGCAGAUGAAUUUUGAGAAACCUAAGUAAAUACUUUAUUUCUUGUUUUUAGAAAUGCUAAAAUAAACUUAAUAAAUUCAACGACAAACGUUCCGACUAGAAAGUUUUUCUCAAUGAAUGACUUCUGGUCGAAAGCUUUGUCACUGAAUGAAUUCAGUUUCUUGUAUUUCUAAAUGUAGCUCUAUGCAGUGUUGAAUGGGGAGAAACUAUUGCAAUCUUUGCUUCCUUGGGUGGUCUGUUUUCUCAUUGUAUUUCUUUAAAUAAACUUUUUUGGAUAUCUGUAUGUCGGGGUUCUGUACCAACAGACAGCAAGAGUUUGUCAAUACAUUUGAUCAGCAAAAAGUAAUUGGAUUUUAUGCAUACAAUUAAAAAAAAAAAAAAAGUGAAUAUGCUAGAAAAUGUACAGUUCUGAGAAGCCUACAUUAAAUUCACUUUUACAAAAAUGCAACUUGGAAAUAAAAAGGUUUUAGCAAAUAUGAUUUUUGUUUUUUAAACAUUUUGAUUUAUAUGUUCAUUUAAGGAAGCAAAAAUGCAAAAAAAAAACAAAAACAGUUGCAUGACAUACUAUACAUAACAAGCACAUUUUUUGUUUGAGUUUAAAUGUGUAUGUAUUUGAAUGUGUGUAAAAUGAACUGGGAAGGAUGGGGUUGGGGGUGUAACCUUGUAUAGAAUGUAGUAGCAAUUUUCAGAACACAACUGUAUGCAAAUGAAAAAAAUACUUUGAUUUUUAUUAUUAAAGUUGGAGAUGUUAAUUAUUAAUA